GUUGUUCGCAGGCUCAGGGAGGCGGCGCGCGCGCGAGUGGCCGCGGCGCUCUGUCUCCAGCGGGACCUGGGGCCGGCAGCGGCAGCGGCAGCAGCAUCAUGGGCUGCAGCUGACAGGCAGCAGCGCCGCGCAGCCCGCCCCGCAGCCGCACGCGCCGGGGAGAGCGGAGCGGAAAAGUUCCUGCUGCCGCCGCCGCCGCCGAGGGGAACUUUGCGCGGGGGCGCCCGGCGCGGGGCGCUGAGCCAUGCCCGCCGUGAGCCUGUUGCCGCUGUUCGGCAGCCCCGCGGGGCCCGGCGCGCUGGGCGGCGGCCCGCUGGGCGGCGGCAGGAAGGCGUCGGGCCCCAGCGCGGUCCGGCUGACGGAGAAGUUCGUGCUGCUGCUGGUGUUCAGCGCCUUCAUCACCCUCUGCUUCGGGGCCAUCUUCUUCCUGCCCGACUCGUCCAAGCUGCUCAGCGGCGUCUUCUUCCACUCCUCCGCCGCCCUGCAGCAGCCGCCGCCCGGGGGGGAGCAGCGCGCCCCGCCGCCCGGAGCCGGCCCCGGCCCCGCCGCCGGGAGCAGCAGCAGCAGCAGCAGCGCCGGGGAGGCGGCCGCGGCCGCGGAGAACUUGGCCAAGAUCCGCGAGGACCACGAGCGGGCUCUGCGCGAGGCCAAGGAGACGCUGCAGAAGCUGCCCGAGGAGAUCCGCCGGGACAUCCGGCAGGACAAGGAGAAACUUCUCCAGGACAGGCGCGGCAGGAAGGAGGCGGGGGCCGCCGGGCUACCCAGCCUGCUCUUCCGCAAGCCCGUCGGGGCCGUGGGGCGGGAGCCGGCGGACCCUGAUGUCCAGCAGAAACGGGCCAAGAUUAAAGAGAUGAUGAAACAUUCCUGGGAUAAUUAUAAGCGUUACGCUUGGGGAUUAAAUGAACUGAAACCCAUAUCUAAACAAGGACAUUCAAGCAAUUUAUUUGGUAACAUUCAAGGAGCAACAAUAGUAGAUGCCUUGGAUACACUGUAUAUCAUGGAAAUGAAAGAUGAAUUCAAGGAAGCCAAGGAAUGGGUAGAAAAGAACUUAGAUUUCAACGUGAAUGCAGAAAUUUCAGUUUUUGAAGUGAACAUCCGUUUUGUUGGUGGGCUGCUUUCAGCAUAUUAUCUUUCUGGAGAAGAGAUAUUUCGAAAGAAAGCAGUGGAACUUGGAGAAAAGUUGCUCCCAGCGUUUAACACUCCCACUGGAAUACCUUGGGCAUUGCUUAAUAUUAAGAGUGGGAUUGGUCGAAACUGGCCGUGGGCUUCUGGAGGAAGCAGUAUUCUGGCAGAAUUUGGAACUCUGCAUUUGGAGUUCAUACAUUUGAGCCAUUUGUCUGGAAACCCAGUGUUUGCUGAAAAGGUAAUGAACAUUCGUAAAGUUCUGAACCGGCUUGAUAAACCAGAAGGUCUUUACCCUAAUUACCUGAAUCCCAGUAGUGGUCAAUGGGGUCAACAUCACGUCUCUGUUGGAGGACUUGGAGAUAGCUUUUAUGAGUAUUUGCUCAAGGCAUGGUUGAUGUCAGACAAGACAGAUGAAGAAGGCAAGAAAAUGUAUUAUGAUGCUGUUCAGUCCAUCGAAACCCAUCUGAUCCGGAAAUCUAGUGGAGGUCUGACGUACAUUGCUGAGUGGAAGGGUGGCCUGCUCGAACAUAAAAUGGGACAUCUGACCUGUUUUGCUGGAGGCAUGUUUGCACUGGGUGCAGAUGGGGCACCUAAUGAUAAAACGGGGCAUCAUAUUGAACUUGGUGCUGAAAUUGCUCGCACGUGUCAUGAAUCUUAUGAUCGUACAAGUAUGAAACUGGGACCAGAAGCUUUCAGAUUCGAUGGAGGUGUAGAGGCCAUUGCUACAAGGCAAAAUGAGAAAUAUUACAUCUUGCGACCUGAAGUUAUAGAGACCUACAUGUAUAUGUGGAGGUUCACUCACGAUCCAAAAUACAGGCAGUGGGGAUGGGAAGCAGUAGAGGCACUGGAACAACAUUGCAGAGUAGAUGGUGGCUAUUCUGGAAUUAGAGAUGUUUAUAGCAACCAUCAAAGCCACGAUGAUGUGCAGCAGAGUUUCUUCCUUUCAGAGACUCUCAAGUACUUAUACUUACUGUUUUCUGAAGAUGAUCUUCUUCCAUUUGAACAUUGGAUCUUCAACACUGAGGCUCACCCUCUACCAGUUCUUCACAGAGAUGAUGGAAAGAAGGAAGAAAAACACAAAUAAAACAAUGUUAAGUUAAUUUUUGUUUCAUUCCUUAGAAGUUUCUUUCCAGUUUUGGGCACACGAUGCAGUUUUACUUAAAUUCCUGAGAUAUUUUGAGUUUUAAACCAACUGUUUUGCAGUCUGUUAUAUUUGCCAGUAAAUAUUUAUGAAUGGACCUAAAUUCAUUACAGCAAAACUUUUAAUCUUAUUUUUCCAGCUGAACCACCACUUUUAUUUUUUUUAAAGAAAUCUGACGUCUCUAGAUUUCAUUAAGCUGCAGUGUCAUCUUUGCCAAAUAGAAUAGAGGGGUCUGCAUGUUACUUGUUUCCUAUUAUACUUUUGAUUUGACUGCAAAAUUCUUUCCUCCUCUGUGAGGAGAUGUCUGCUUUAAGCUGUAAUAUUUUGCCAUGUUGCAAAAAGCCAUAAAGAAUUAAGUAUAAAGAGCUUUUUUUUCAUUCUAUGUUAAUUUUUUUUUGUCUGUCAUCUGAGACAAAUCUUGUAACUGUGACAGCCUCUUCUUAUGCGGGUCUAUCAAUUGGUAAAAUAUCUUCUGAAGUUUUUAAUUAUCAAUGACGUCUACGUAGGAAUAGUUUCAUCUCAUGCAGACACAAUUCUGUUUAAAACUGCAGUGUACUUUGAAUUGAACCUAAAUAUUUUUACAAAUCCAUUACAUUAGUUGGACAGAUCCGAGUUUUAAUAAAAACUCAUCUUUUUGUUUUGUUUAGAAUAUCACUGCAAACUGAAUUGUUUCUUCCAUUUUCUAACUAGAGUUACUAUCACUUCUAUAAUCAGUUUGGUAUGAGCAAAAUAAACAAUUUGAAAAACUGGCAUUAUUGAAUUAUUAAAAAGGGAAUUGUAUCUUAUUUAUAGCUAUUUACAUAAUCUGUUAGCUUUUUCAUUUGACCGAAUGUGUGAGAUAAAUGAGAUGUUAUGAAAUUCUUUCUAAAGUUAGACUGCGAGUGAUGCCAAUCAGAGAAUGAGAGAUGAUUUUUUUAAUCUGCUGUGAUCUUACUUUUCAACAAUUCCAUUUGGUUUAGAUUGUGAACUAAGACAGUCAGCCGGAACAAGGUAGUGUAAUAUAGAUUAUCAGAACAGGAGUUCUGAAGAGCUCAAAGGACACUUAUCUUCUUUUUAAAAAAAAAAGAAGUAUUGUUUGCGUUGGAAGAUGGAAAUUGACCUGCAUACAAUUAGUACAUUUUGGAAGCCCA